AUGGAGUACGACCUUUCGGCAGAGUCAGGGUGCCAUCAUCAGGGAAAGGUGAAAAGGAAGCAUGAAGAUCUCAUCAUAGCUCCCGACCAAACCACACAAAGAAAAGGAGGUGAACGUCAGCCAGGCGAUAAGGAUGAUGAAGAGACGCUGGAAGAGCUGAGAGUACAGAGUACUGGCUGGAGCUGGAGAAGUUGCCUUUAUCUGCAGCUGGCUCCUGUCCAGGGCCAUCUCUUCGGCCUCUCCACUCUUGUUUACUUCUUCAAGCCUGUUUGUCCUUUCUGCUCCAAUAUAUUUUAUUUAUGCCCGCUACCUCCGCCACAUCUUGUCCUAGUCUUCUUAGCUCUUAAGAGGGCAUCGCGAUAUAAAGUAAUGUGA